UAAUGAGGUUUGUAAGGAUUUUUAUACAUGUUUUUUUUCUGAAUCACAUUUGUUUUAUGUUGCUGUCUUUUGUAUAACAGGAGAUGUUCUGGAUACUAUAGACACCAGACAGAUGAACAACUCCUAUGGAGCAGUGUCACCGUGUGGUCGAUUUGUGGCUUCAUCAGGUUUUACUCCUGAUGUUAAAGUAUGGGAGGUAGGAUUUGACAAAGGUGGAAGCUUCACCGGAUGUAAGAGAGCAUUCGAGUUGAAAGGUCACUCAGCUGGGGUGUACAGUUUUAGCUUUAACAGUGAUUCUAGUCGAAUGGUGUCUGUCUCAAAAGAUAAAACAUGGAAAUACUGGAACACUAACAUAAGAUAUGAAAUGAAUCAGGAUCCAUACCUUUUAAAAACUGGGAGUAUAGACUUUACCUCCCCUUGUUUGAUUUCUCUGUCACCAGAUGGCAGAAGUGUUGCAAUUGCUAGUGAGAGUUCAGUUAGUGUUCAUAAUGCUAUAACUGGAGAGCAAGAAGAAAAAUUUUCUCAAGUGUUUUCAGGAGAGGUAACUGACAUAUCGUUUGAUUUAAGUAACAAGUACAUUGUGUGUAGUGGUGAUAGGCAAGUCUCUGUAUUCAAUAACAUAACUGGAUACCGAGCCUCUAUUGAGGACCUGCAGGAAAAAGUCAAAGAGGCCCAAACACAGGCCCAGAAGGAGAGAAUCCGACAGCAAAUCAACGAAGCACAGGAGGCUUUGGAUAACUUACUAGGACAGUCUAAUGGACAUGCAGGAGGCAAAAAGGAGUAGAAAGAUCUCCCAUAAUUUUCUGACAUUCCUAUCAGUGAAAGGGAAAUUAUUCUUCAUGACAGAGAUUUUUUAUUGGCAGCAACUUCUGAAGUGCCACUUUUUAUUCUCUAAUUUGUCAAUUUAUUUGACAUUUUUUUUUUAUUAAAGACAUUUAAAUUUC